AUGUCUGCCUGUCGGCUUCGGAAACCGGCGGUGCCUCGCGACGUGUUCACCUGGGUGUGCGGCCAGCAGGUGAAGGUGAAGAACACCUUCUUGGAUGUGCGUCCCGAGCACUCUUCCUCCAACGAGUCCACCCUGACUGCAGAGGCAAUGACCUGCCUGGAGUUCACAAGGUGCAGCGAAGCGCUCUCGAGCAGCUCCAGUAGCCAUGGUAGCCAUGGUGCAGGGCAGGAGAACCUCCCUCUCGACGUCGAGCUCCCAAGCCCCCUGCUGACCUUGUCAACGCUCGGGGAGGCCUGGCAGCCGGACCCAGCCGGUGGCUGUAUGGGCCCAGUAGUGGAGCCGCUUUGCUCGCAAGACGUGAACCUCCACCUCGCAAUGCACCAAGAGCUCCUGACAGCGAUUCAGAGGAUGCCUUCGCUGCCCUUCACAGACAUGGUCCUUGGAUCCCAGGCCCGCAUCGAGUUGCCGCUGCUUCCCCUGCUGCCGGAGGUCGCAGGAUCUCCCGUGCUGAGCACAUGUCCCGGGCAAUGGGAAGCAGGCUACGGCCCCUGGCAGCCCGAGCCUGGUGCCAUCGAGCCGCCCAUCGGCGACUCGGACAAGGCCUCGCCACUCUCAGCCAGUCCCCGCCGCGUACAUGUCGAGGGCCUGACCACCCAUGGCGGCGUGGAUGCGGCGGCGGCGAAGAUGAAGCCAGCGAAGAAGCACAACCCGGCGAACAAAAUCUGGUGCCACUUCUUCAUUGACCCCAUGAUGCGCCGGAAUGGCUUCGACGUCAACAAGAAGCUCAUAGGCCAUGGCGGCUCGAACACAAAGCGCAUCUACGAGGAGACCGGAGCCAAGAUCCGCCUCCGCGGCCGCGGCAGUGGGCACAUUGAGGGCCGUGGCGAAGCCCCGGUGCCUCUGAUGCUGGCAGUCACCUCGGACCUCUCGAACCAAGACAACUUCCUGGUCGCGAUGCAGCAGUCGGCCAAGCUGCUCGAUCGUGUGACCGGCAGAUACCCAGAGUUCUGCAAGGUCUACGGCAUCCCGCCGCCCACAACGGCGCUCUUCUGGAUCGGCGAGCUGAGCCCCGAAGCUCUGAGUUGCUGGAGCUGGACCACGGACGGCAGAGUGCAGAUUGGCAAGGUGGCUGUAUUCAUCGCCGCUGAUGUGAGCAGCCUGGCCAAGCCCACGGCCAAGCCCCGCGGGAACGAACCGCCCUGA